UGACCACUACAAUUCUACUUGAUAACUCAUCAAGUGCCUCCACCAGUACCCCAAGAUCUUCCAAGACAUCGCUCGCCAGGCGAUCAUAACUCAAUCCCAGCCUCAUUUUCCCAGUCCAGCGACUGUGACACACCUCUGAUGUCAAGCAUCGCUGUUGCGAACUGAUUCGUUGGCUUCCACCAGCUGCAGUACUAGCAUCAUCAUCCCAAUCUGCGGCUGCUUUCUACAUCUCGCCCUUCAAUAACCAUUUCCUCUUCCAUGGUGAACAGAAUUGAGGCUACCACAUAUCCCAUGACCACGGCAUUGUUCGAACUGUCGUCGCACAUGACCAUCUUCUCAGUUCACCACCAGGCCACCAACAGCAACUCAUUACCAUGAGGCCGGCGUUCUCCUCGACGAUCAGCAUCCACCUCACCACCGUUCGCCAUACCCGUUUCCACCUCCAUAUCUAACCUCCAUCCAUCACAACUUAACGCGGCAGUCACACCGUUCACUUCAAACCUCCAUCACUGUCGGAACUAUCAUACCGUCUUCAAGCUCCAUCAUGCUCAGAUCCGACUGCCACAGUCAUAGCUGUGCAUCCUAUCCCACAGUGAAGCAAACCUAGAAGUAAACACAAAGUGAGGUUGGAUUGAAGAUCAACAUGUGCCACUCCUCCCAAUCGGCAAUAUGGCAUCUCCUCUGUCAAGGCUUGGUCUCAUCAUUUGCACUCUGCUAUUCAUUAGCUGUCAAGCAUCCGAUGAUGAUCGAAAGGCCUAUAUUGUAUACAUGGGUGACCUUCCAAAGGAUGAUGUGAUCUCUUCCCCAUCAUUGCUUCACACUAGCAUGCUACAAGAAGCCAUUGAUAGUUCUAGUUCAUCAGAAUAUCUACUCCACAGCUACAAGAAAAGCUUCAAUGGCUUUGUCGCCAAUCUGACAGGGGAGGAGGUGAAGAAACUAUCUAACAUGGAGGGGAUAGUGUCUGUGUUCCCAAAUGAAAAGAUGCAACUCUUCACAACAAGGUCAUGGGACUUCAUAGGCUUCCCCCAGGAUGUUGAAAGAACAACUACUGAAAGUGAUAUCAUUGUUGGAAUAAUUGACAGUGGGAUCUGGCCUGAAUCUGCUAGUUUCAAUGCCAAAGGAUUCUGUCCGCCACCAAGAAAAUGGAAGGGCACUUGUCAAACCUCAUCCAACUUCACUAGUUGCAACAAUAAAAUCAUUGGAGCUAGAUACUACCAUACUGGUGCAGAAGUUGAACCAAAUGAGUAUGACUCACCAAGAGAUUCAGAUGGCCAUGGGACACACACUGCAUCCAUAGUAGCUGGAGGCUUAGUUUCUGGGGCAAGCUUACUAGGCUUUGGGUCAGGAACAGCUAGAGGAGGGGUACCAUCAGCCCGUAUUGCAGUAUAUAAGGUAUGUUGGUCUAAGGGUUGUUAUAGUGCUGAUGUCCUCGCAGCUUUUGAUGAUGCAAUUGCCGAUGGAGUUGAUAUAAUUUCUGUUUCCUUGGGGGGAUAUUCCCCAAAUUAUUUCGAAAAUCCAAUUGCAAUCGGAGCUUUCCAUGCUCUGAAAAAUGGGAUUCUCACAUCAACUGCUGUUGGUAACUAUGGUCAUAAUCGUGCAACUAUCACAAAUUUGUGGCCUUGGUCUCUCUCAGUCGCUGCUAGCACCAUUGACAGAAAGUUUGUGACCAAGGUGCAGUUGGGAAACAACCAGGUUUAUGAGGGAGUCUCUAUAAACACUUUCGAGAUGAAUGAUAUGUACCCCAUCAUCUAUGGUGGAGAUGCACAAAAUACUACUGGAGGUAAUAGUGAAUAUUCCAGCUUAUGUGACAAGAACUCCUUGAACAAGUCUCUGGUAAAUGGUAAAAUUGUCCUCUGUGAUGCACUCAAUUGGGGGGAGGAAGCAACAACUGCUGGAGCAGUGGGCAUGAUAAUGCGAGAUGGAGCCCUCAAAGAUUUUUCCUUGAGUUUUUCUUUACCUGCAUCCUACAUGGACUGGAGCAAUGGUACUGAACUAGAUCAGUACUUAAACUCAACUAGACCAACUGCAAAGAUAAAUAGGAGCGUCGAGGUUAAAGAUGAAUUGGCCCCAUUUAUAGUUUCAUUUUCAUCGAGGGGUCCCAACCUUAUAACACGGGACAUUCUCAAGCCCGACUUAAGUGCACCUGGAGUGAACAUUCUAGCAGCAUGGUCAGAAGCCUCAACUGUGACUGGAAAAGAAUGGGAUACAAGAGUAGUUCCAUAUAAUAUAAUGUCUGGGACAUCCAUGGCUUGCCCACAUGCUUCCGGGGCUGCUGCCUAUAUCAAAUCAUUUCACCCAACAUGGUCUCCUUCUGCUAUUAAGUCUGCUCUAAUGACAACUGCUUCUCCUAUGAGGGGUGAAAUUAAUACCGAUCUGGAGUUUGCAUACGGAUCAGGGCAGGUAGAUCCUGUAAAGGCCGCAAAUCCCGGUUUGGUAUAUGAUGCUGGCGAGACGGAUUACAUCAAAUUUUUGUGUGGGGAAGGCUAUGGCAAUGCAAAGUUACAGCUGAUAACUGGAGAUAACACUAGCUGCUCUGCAGACACAAAUGGAACUGUCUGGGCUUUAAACUACCCAUCUUUUGCUGUAUCUACCAAGUACAAGGUUAGCAUUACUCGCAACUUCACAAGGACAGUCACCAAUGUUGGAACACCGGCAUCAACUUAUAAGGCAAAUGUAACUGUCCCUCCGCGACUCAUUGUCCAAGUUGAACCAAGUAUUCUUUCAUUCAAAUCCCUUGGCCAGAAGAAGACUUUCUCUGUCACAGUCAGGGUGCCAGCACUAGAUACAGCUAUAAUAUCAGGCUCCUUGGUGUGGAAUGAUGGGGUUUACCAAGUGAGGAGCCCCAUAGUUGCUUAUCUUUACUAGUUUUAAAUGUCAUUGUAUUUGUCCCAUAAAUAAACAAACAGACUGAAAGUGUGUUUUGUAAUUGAAUAAAAUCUCUGUGUUUUAUUCCCUCUA